CUGUAAUGAAAGGUGUUGACACAUGUGGUGAUUUUUCUUUAGCUGGAAGUUGUAUUAACUGUAGUGUCGAAAUGGUUCAUCCAAAGAUACUCACCGUUUUCGUCAGUUUGAUAGUUACCUCGGCACAGAAAAGUAUGAUACACCGUGAAAGAUGUAUUUCUUGUUUGUUUAAACAGUUAUAAAAUCUCAUUAUUGAGUGUUUUCAAAAAUAGUUUUCUGAAAGUUUAAAAAACUUAAUAAAAAUUCGGAUGUUGUUGAUUCUUGAUGUAAAAGGAGAACCAUAACUAUGGAAGAACUGAACAAUAGGUUUUAAAUACGCUGUGUCCCGUCUAGGCUCUACAACGUACAUCAACUGAAUACGUUAAAAAUUUCGACCAACCAUAUUCACUGUUUAUUUGAUUCAAAAUAUUCACUCUUGCGGGGUAAGGCCUGGAUUCUUAUGACCAAGGCUAGUUUUUCUAAGUGUCAUCAAACGGGUGUCGCGAUAAAAUAGAUUAUUGACACAGGUCUCAUGACUUGACCCAUCAACCCCCACCUACUCACUAGGGCAUCCGACGAGCCGUUAUUUCACCCUUUCGCUGGCAUAGUUACAGGGUCGACAGUUCGGGUCCCUACGUGAGUCUAGUCGAUUUCGUUGGCUACCGGUUGGACAAUUUUCCAUUCUCAUUUAUUGUGCUCUUGGCUUUGUUCGUUUCGCGCCAGUUUCCACCACAGAUCGCUCUUAUGAGGUCGCGGUAUACUUUAGCAGAGCUUUCGAAUCAUGUUACCUGCCACCCAGCCUUUGGGCCACACCUGAAGGAAGUGGUCUCUGAGUCAAGUUGGGUCAUGGGCGUGUCGUGUUGCCGCUGAGCUGACCUUCUCCAGCCUUCUUGUUCGGACUCAUAACAACGUGGCCCUAGGGAUCCACUGCAGCUUUAACUUUUGUACCUUGUGCAUUGAUGUCUUCUACUAUUGGAAGUUAGGAUUUUUGAAUGGCAUAAGGCGACAGAUUUGUAUCAAUAAAUUAUAAUAUUGGAAUGAUAUAAAUUUCACUUCGGCGACGGCAGUUGUAGCUACUGUGACUCACAAAUGCAGUCCCUUAACUUUACAAAGCAUAAAACAACUCUUAAGAAAUAAGUGUUUGUUUGUUUUUAAAUAAUUUUUUUAUAUUAAUUUUUAAUAUUCUAUUAUUUUAAAUUAAUAUUCUAAGGACUCACACGCUUUACACUGCAGAUUUUUUUUAACCGUUUCAGAAAAGCAAAGAAAAAAUAUACGCACCUAAAGCAGUUGCGUUCUUUUUUUUAAAAAAAAAGAAUCUCAUUUAGCGCAGUUAUAUGGGAUUUUAUUUCGCGAAAUCAAUGUCAUUAUAUUUCCUUUUAUCUUCCACUCCAAAAUCAGGAUAAACCGAUUAUUUUUUAGUGCUGGUAUUUUGAAAAAAAAAUAUGUCGUCAUCGUCAACGCGUCUGUCUGCCAACUUACAGCAAGAUAGGUUGACGGGAAGUGGUUCAAAUAGCCGUCGGAAUAAAAAAAAUAAAAAAAUUCCAGCAAUUCACCCAGGAGCCAAAGCGAAGUUAAUAUUAAGGAUUUAGAAAAUGACUAAUAUGGUUUUUUUACAAUUUCUGUCAUAAUCCCAAGCAACCUUAAAUAUAAAUUUGCUGUCUAAUUCUGAUUUUUUUUUUUUUUUAACAUUUAAAUUUAAUAAAAACAUUUUAAAGUGAACAAAAACAUAUCAAACUUAUUCAUAUGAAUGAGGUUAAAACUUACUUACUGUCAUAUUUGUAAAAAAAAAAGUGUGUUCACAAAGACAGUUAUUUCAUUUAUAUUUUUAUUUUUAAACACCCAGGUUUCCCAGCUUGCAGACGCACCAUCUGUGUGAUUAAAACAGUGUACGCACAAAGUGAUAUACCGCUCCUGUUUCAUCCGACACAAGUUGAUCCAACUCUCUGUAGCCACGUAUUUUUGAAAGGGGUGACACUUGAUGGCAACAAGCUGAAGGAGCCGUGGAGCAAUGGCAAGGAACAGUUGUAAGAUAUCUUGAUAUUCCAAAUAUUUUACAAUGAACUUUGGUGUUGGUUUUGUGUUGGUUUCUUUUUUGUUGGUUUUUUUUUUUUUUUUUUGGUUUUUUUAAAUGUUUUUUUUUUUUUUUUUUUUUUUUGUUUUGUUUUUGUUUUUUUUUUUUUUUUUUUUUUUUUUUUUUUUUGGUUUUUUUAAAUGUUUUUUUUUUUUUCUAUUUAUGAUAAUGUCAGACAUCGUUGGGUGCGUUCGGACUUCUUGGUGGAUAACUCAGAGUCAUAAGUUGACCGCUUUUAAACUGACUGUAGCAACAUUUUUAACGGUUACAAACAAAUAAACAGAGUCUUUAAAAAAAAAAUAAAAAUAAUAAAAGUUAUUUAGCUAAGACAACAAAACAUCCAAGAAAGAGUAAUGAGCUUCAUACGAAAAAAAAUAUUGUUUAAAAAAUAACAAUUCUCUAGGUAACAAUUAAUGCCACUAAAUAAAAUCAGGAUGAAAAACCACUAAAACAAAUUAUUUUUUUAAAAAUAACUUUAUAAAAUUUAAUUUCGAGCAAUAGGGAAAUAGGGGGGGGGGUUGCUUUGAGGUGAUGAAAAUUUGACAAAGCAUACAUACAAGCAAGUCACAUUAUUAUAGUCGCAAAUAGUGCUACCGAUCCAAGGAUACCAACCACACAAUUUUAUCAGGCCCCUCUAUAACAGGCAAAAGUUAAUAGGUACAAUUAUACAAUGGGCCCCCCGUCGGGCUCCUCUAUCGUUGUAAAUGUACCAUAGUUAUGACAGUUAAUUUAGUUGUAUAAUUUUUCGCAUCGAUAUCGUACCGGGAUCAGGAUCCCACUGGUAUACUACCGGGAUCGGAAUUCUGAUCUUAUGCAUUUCCCUUGUUUCAUAUAACACUCAAGUGGGCGAUAGCUAGUCCGAUGCUAUGAGAUAUAUGAUGGCUAGAGCAAACCAUUCAUAAUUCAAACAUAUUCUUGAGCAUUCGAAUAAUCUCCACACUCUCACUUCCUGUUCCUCUGCGCAUGACAUUCCAAAACCAAACUUUAUGUUUAUACUAAAAUGCUAAACAAUUCCUUAUUGUAGUUAUCGAGUUGUUAAACUCGUUAAUUCUAAAAUUCACUCAUACGAAACACCGUAACUACAACCACAACAAUAAACACUUGAUCAGGCAUGCCCAAAAACGUCACCAACGUAAAAUAUUAUAGGAAGAGAAACGCAACUAAUCUCAACACCAAAUACUCUCACUAAAAAAAAUGAAGUAACCACGCUCGCAACAGUGAUUCUCAUACCAAUUGAAAACGUGGGGAAAAAAAAAACUCGAGCUGAACAAUGAAAAUCAAGAAGUUGAGUAAAACGAUUUGAAGAAAUGUAUUCACGGUUAAAUUUUUUGCCCCUCUAAGAACCCUACAAUUCAAUUAAUCUUUAAAAGAUAUAUAUUAUACAAUUUCUGAAUUGUGUUUCUUCGCAAGGUACCAAGACUUGAGAGAGUUGAAAAAGAAAAACGAAAAACUCAAAUUGCUGCUCACUGUUGGUGACAGUGACGUCCGCGGCGCACCAUUUUCCAAGAUGGCGGCCACUCGGUCGCGUCGCAAAGAAUUUAUAUCUUUCCUAAUCCCAUUUUUACGUGAACGUGGCUUUGAUGGCGUGGAUUUAUUCUGGUACUUUCCGACAUACUUCGAAGGCGACGCGUCGGAUAAGGACAGAUACACGGACUUGCUUGAGGUGAAUUCAAGUUUUGUAUGCUCUACAGAAGCGUUUCUCGAACUUUAAAGCUUGGUGGCCCGGUGGACAAGUUUUCAAUGUCACCCGUGGACUGUUGUCAGAUUGAUUGAUUAGUGUUCUUUUCAUUUGACCAUAAAUAUCUCAUAACACAUUUUUUUUUUUUUAAAAAUCCGAAUUCAACCAGUGCGAUAGGACUCAUUUUAACUAUCACCAUUUAAUCCUAGACGUUGUAUGUUUUGUUAAGUUGUGUUGAGAAAAAAAACAACUCACAGUUCACUAGCGCUUUGUUUUUUGCGCUUAAGGGAGCUACCUUUGUGGGGCAUAAACAGCUUGGUUCUAGAUCGUCGGCCAGCUGACGCCAUUUCCUACAAUUUCAAAAAUGUAAUUUACAAAAGGGUGGGAUAGUGUUAAUUUUUUAAACGCCUUUUUGUAGUUCUCUUUUAAUCCUCCUAGUAGAAAUGAAUUGAGUAUUAUAAUUGUUUGCAAGUUAAAUAACUUCCGUAAAUGGCUUGAUGUUCGACUCACGUAAAGUGCAAAUGUUGGCUGUUUAACGAGGUAAAAAUGUUUCCUAUAUUUUGGGGCCGGGGGUCGGCGUUCAACUUUUCCCUAUGUAAGCUGUAUGAAUAUUAAUUUUCUUAGAAAUCGCUAUGGGUUCUAAGUGAAUUGAUGGAUCUUGGCCAGGGCUCGGCAACCUUUUGAGACGGAAAGGCCAAAAGUUACAAUUUACAAAAUUUCCCAGUUUUUUAAAAGCCACUUACAUUUUUAUUUCAAUAUAAUUAUUAAUAUUUGCGCAUGGAACUGGAGAGCCGCAUCUUGGCAUCAAAUGAGCCGCAUGCGGCUCGCGAGACGCAGGUUUCCGACCCCAGAUCUAGGCCGAUCUUUUUAGCAGUACCCUGCAUAGUCCGUAGGCCAAUAUCGGUCGAUUUAAAAUGAAUAAUAUCCAAUCAAUAGAGGGCAUGUCUCAAAUUUUCCAGAAGUUUGAUUAUUUUAAAGAGCUGUAAAUAAAACUGUAUCUUAUAGAAUGGGGCCACCACGACAAACCUCCUUUUAACGUAAAUCAAAAAUGGCAAGAGAUAUAGCAUUAAGUUUUUAAAAAGUUUUUUUGGAUUUGAAGAAAGCCAAUUCGAAAAGACAUUUUUCAUACGUUUUCAAUGACUUUUUUAAAAAAAUUUAAAGUAGAAUGUUCAGGGGGAUAUAUAAUGGAAUCUAAAAUCUUAUUUGAGUGUUAACACAACGUAAAGUAAUUACGAGUUUAAAAUACUCAAACUGGAGUGGUUGAAAAUGUUUUGAAAAUUAUUUAUUUGUGUAUUUGUUGAUAUCCCAUGAGAAAAGUUGGAGUACCGGUAGAAAAUAGUUUAUUGAAUAGAAUUAUUGACGCUGAUGUAGACCCUGGCCUUCAGCGUGGUGACUUUAUAAGGCUGCGCAAAGACCUUUUUAAAAACGGUGCAUAUUCGCUAUAACUUCCUUUACUAUAAUUUUCAUUUAAUCUCCACGCAAUCAUUAUACCUUCCAUUUGGAUCUACAUAUUCCCUAUAACUUUCUUUACUAUCUACACAUUCGCUAUAACUUCCAUUACUAUCUUCACAUUCGCUUUAUUUUUUUUUUUACUAUCUACACAUUAAUUAUAACUUCCAUUACUAUCAACACAUUUGCUAAGACUUUUAUUACUAUGCAAACACUCGCUAUAACUCCCAUUAUUAUCUACACAUUCACUUUAACUUCCAUUAUUUUUUUUCUCUCCCCUUUACACAAUUUCUUUAAUCAAUAACCUUGACCCUCUCUCACCUUCUUCAUUAGGAGUUGAAGAGAGCCUUUAGGGAGGAAACUUUGACUGGCGAUCGCCAGAAAUUAUUAUUAUCGGCCUGGGGUCACAAGGAAUUUAAGGCAAUUGAUCGUGGGUUCGAUGUCACGGCCUUUGCAAGGUACUCAACUUCUAAUUUAACAUAAGACUCACAACAGCUUUUCCCAAAACGUUUUUCUCUUGGCCCGGUUAUUAUUUUUAUUUGUUCUCGGUGACCCAUUUACAUCUUUUAAGAUAAGAUCAGAUAAGAUUCUUUUAUGGAUCCAGAUAUAUGGAAUUUUUUUUUUAAUUUUUUUUUCGGGGGGAGGGGGGGGGGCUUACAAUUUGCAAAUUCAUUUUCAGCACAUAAAAGAAUACAUAUUUUACCCAAGACAACAUUUUACUAUAAUUUUUAUAUAAUAUAAUUUUUUUUUUUGUUUUUGGGGGGGGGGGGGGGGGGGGGGGGCUUACAAUUUGCAAAUUCAUUUUCAGCACAUAAAAGAAUACAUAUUUUACCCAAGACAACAUUUUACUAUAAUUAUUAUAUAAUAUAACUAUAUAGCAUUAAUUAUUAUUAUUAUAGCAAUUUAAAAAACAAGACCUCUAAAGUAUUGUUGUAGCAUAGAUAUCAGCUAUCAAUAAACUCCCUGUCAUCAAUACCGAUGUUGCAAAUGGUCUGUCAGCUAAGUAUGAUGAUUCCUAUCCAUCUCUUAUUCUCUGGCAAUAUUUAUUCUAUAAACUUGAGCUCGGGAAGUUGAAAUGGACUUGGACGUCAAUUGACAUUUCUUGACCAAUUGUCAAAAGUGAAACUUUAAAACCGAUUUUAUACAGCUUCAAAAUAAUAACAAAUUCAUUUACCCUACACACAAUUCAAAAUAAUAACAAAUUCAUUUACCCUACACACAAUUCAAAAUAAUAACAAAUUCAUUUACCCUACACACCAUUCAAAAUAAUAACAAAUUCAUUUACCCUACACACAAUUCAAAAUAAUAACAAAUUCAUUUACCCUACACACAAUUCAAAAUAAUAACAAAUUCAUUUACCCUACACACAAUUCAAAAUAAUAACAAAUUCAUUUACCCUACACACAAUUCAAAAUAAUAACAAAUUCAUUUACCCUACACACAAUUCAAAAUAAUAAAUAAAAUUAUUCGUUUUUAAAUAGAGAUAAUGAUAAAAGAUUGAAAGGUAGCAAUUGUUUUGGUGUCCCUAAACAGGGUGGUCCACGAAGGUAGACUCAUGGAUGACUUUAAAGUGGAAACUGCAGUCAGACAAGGAUGUCUCUUGUCCCCCUUCCUAAUCACCCUCGCCAUUGACGAUGUAAUGAAAACAUCCAGGGACAAAAAAAAAGGAAUGAAUGGGAUACAGUGGACACUCUGGGAACAACUGAAUGACCUAGACUUUGUGGAUUACUUUGCACUUCUGUCCCACAGCCAGCACCAAAUGCAGGAAAAGUCGAAAGACGUAAGCAAUAUACCAGCACAGUUCGGACUCAAUAUAAAUGAAAGCAAGACGAAGAUGAUGAAGGUAAACUCAGCCAACCAAGAGCAUAUCUCUCUGGCAGGAAAGGCACUGGAAGAAGUGGAGUCCUUCACAUACUCAGGGGCGGCACCAUCACCAUGGCGGAUCCGAGGCGGAAGUAUUGGCCGGGAGUGGAAAAGCUAGAUCAGCAUUUGUGCUAUUAAAGAAAAUAUGGGAGUCGAAGGAGCUUAAGCUGCAAACCUAAGUCAGAAUCUUUAACACAGAUGUCAAAACAGUUCUCUUAUACGGAGCAGAAACUUGGAAAACAAUAGUUAGCAUUACGCAGAAAGUACAGACCUUCAUAAACACAUGCCUUAGAAUGAUCCUAAAAUCAAAUGACCAAAUACCAUCACUAAAAAGGAUUUACUAGAAAGUACUUACCAGGUGCCCAGUGAUGAAGACGUUAUAAGGGGAGAAGAUGGAGGUGGAUAGGGCAUACUCUCCUAAAACCCCCACAAAUUAGCACCAGACAAUCCCUAAUAUCUCCACAAGACAACUACGUUCUUCCAUUGACAGUAGAACCCUCUCAAUCCCAAGAACUAAAACUAAGACCAUCGGUGAACGCUCCUUGACGAAGGUACCCGGGUGCAAGACCUUGGUCGAGGGGAAGGUAUAUGCUCAUAGUGAAACCUCGUCCAUUUUCAAAAAGUCCCUUAAAACUCAUCUGUUUAGGUCCGCCUAUGACCUGUGAUGCACCUUCCUUGCCCUACCUCAUUUUCUGUUUCGGGUUGAUCCUGAAGUGUCAAAGUGUCCUCGUUUUAUAGCCAUUUUCAUUGUUUCUAUAGAAUAGUAGUUACUAUCCUAGUGUCUCAUUUGUAUUUACUUAGUUUACAUGUUUUAAUAAUUGUAAAGCGCUUAGAGCUUUAUGAUAAGCGCUAUAUAAAAAUGCCUAAAUAAAUAAAAAAAUAUGGAAUUCACGGGGUAAAAGAAAAAGAUGAAAGCCAAAGAAUACAUGGAGACGCGAGCUAGAGGCAGACACGCAAAAUAUGGCAUACACCUGGACGCAUGUGGAAGAUGCCCCAUGCCCCAGACGGGGUAAAAAGGGCAUAAAAAGAAGAAGAAACAACAAGUCUUAGUGUCGAAAUAAAUCGCCCAGCCAGGUAGUUGGUAUCAAACAAGAAGACCACACAAGCAAAAUUAUAACACAGAAACAAUAACAAAUUUAUCACCAAGGAUUCUCUUAGAUAUAUUUGAGAAAAACUGGAGUUUUUUUUAUUUGUAAGUUUUUACGUUCGCACAAAUGAUUUAUUCCAGGCAUGUCGAUAUGAUUACAAUAGCUACCUUUGACUAUUCGGGCAAUAUGGAUCAACCAAUAGGCCAUCAUACCCCCGUGAAAUCAUUCAAAGGGAACAAUAUUGUAAGUCACAAAUUCUUUUCAAACUAUUAAAUAACGAGGUCCGGAUUUCUAGUUCAUAUCAUUUUAUGUUUUUACGAUUUUCGUGAUCUUUUCUAUACGUAACUUAACAUUUUUUUUUACUUUUAACCACAACACAAGCUUUCUAAUACCUUAUGAACACGAACACCUAAUGUUGUGUGUUAAAAAAAGUGAGAAUUGUGUUAUAUGAUGGUUGUUUUAUCAAGAUGGAGAUGAUGGCGCAACGUGGUGGUUGUACGGUAAAGAUCAUAAGAGUUGUGUGACAAGAUGGUUGUGUGAUCAAUUUGAUGAGGACAUAAUGGUUUUGUGUCAUUAAGAUGGUAAGAGCUGUGUGACAUGAUGGUUGUGUAAUCAAGUUGCGAUGGGUUGCGCCUGGAUGACUGUGUCAUCCCAGCACUUCAUUAGAGGUAAUCCUACGACCAAAGCAUAAAUGUCUGACCUGUUUGAAAAAAUUUGACCUUUUUGGUCAGCAAAUACAUUUUUAUUGAAGUUAAAAUAUACUUAUAUAUUCGUCUUGUAUGAAAAAAAAAUAUGUAUGUGAUGUCUUUGUACUCAGCAAGAAGUGAAGUGUUGGUUCCAUCAAAAGGUGAGAAUCAAGCAGAUAGUGUUAAAAUGUGCAUCGCUGUCGAGACAUCCCAGCAGAAAUUAUCAAUGGUUGAUAGUGAGGGCUCAAAUUUAAUACACGGCCGUAAAGAUGGAGCUUAAUAUUGCCAUGACUAAGGUUUUGUUUACCAAUCAGAUUUUGAUGACACUAGACAAAAUAAAAUCAUGUAAGGAACCUAGGUUUCGCUCCUUUCGGCUAAGGUUAAUACAUUGGCUCCCGAAACUCAAGUCUUGGGCGUGCGAAUUAACAUGUAUAGCAGAACCCAAUACGCACAGCUUUGGAUUAUUUCUAGUGUCUUUGGUAUAACAUUGCUUACAAAAUGUUGAGCUUCUGUUCGGGUUUGUUUGUUUGAUCAGAACAUCAGACUUCAAUCUCAUCCAGCUUUGCAUUUUUUUUUUAAAGUUAUUUCAGAUGAAACGGAUGUAUACCCGAUGGUCGACAUCAACUGUAACACUUCUUCUUGCACUAUGUGUAACUGAUGUGUAACACCAACUGUAACACAUCUUCUAGCACUAUGUGUAAAUGAUGUGUAACAGCAACUGUAACACUUCUUGCUCUAUGUGUAACUGAUGUGUAACACCAACUGUGACACUUCUUCUUGCACUAUGUGUAAAUGAUGUGUAACACCAACUAUAUCACUUCUUCUUGCAUUAUGUGUAACUGAUGUGUAAAACCAACUGUAACACUUCUUCAAAUAUGUGUAGCUGAUGUGUAACACCAACUGUAACACAUCUUCUUGCACUAUGUGUAAAUGAUGUUUAACACCAACUGUAACACUUCUUCUUGCACCAUGUGUAACUGAUGGGUAACGCCAACUGUAACACUUCUUCUUGUACACUUUGUAACUGAUGUGUAAUACCAACUGUAACACUUCUUCUUGCACUAUAUGUGACUGAUGGGUAACACCAUAUGUAACACUUCUUCUUGCACCAUGUGUGACUGAUGUGUAGCCUGUGCUACUGAUGUAUAGCCUGUGUAACUGAUGUGUAGCCUGUGCUACUGCUGUGUAGCCUGUGUUACUGAUGUGCAGCCUCUGUAACUGAUGUGUAGCCUGUUUCACUGAUGUGUAGCCUGUGCUACUGAUGUGGCCCGACAACGUUCUGACACUAAUCAAUGAUCAAGUACAGGAUCAAGUGAAGGCGCCAGACGGGGCAGAGCAUCUUUCCAUCUCUAUCACUUUAAUCCACAUUAAAGGAUCACAACAUAAAUAAAUAUCCAAAUGGAUUAAUAUAACUGUCAUGAUAGCAUAUCAUUUAUACUCUUUGUAAUACGUACAGCUCAGCGAUUUGCUGCUACUUGAUGUGACGUCACUUGAUCCUAAAAUCUUACAUACGAUCCAAGUGCAGCUCCUCCAUUUAAUAUUAUCUCUCAACUUUCUCUCUCUCUCAUCUCUCUCUCUCUCUCUCGCUCUCUGUCUCUCUCUCUCAUCCUUCUCUCUCUCUCUCUCUCUCUCUCUCUCUCUCUCUCUCUUUCUCUCUAUCUGCGCAUGACAUGGAAAACGUCCUCUUAAUACUUAAAAUAACGAAACAAUCUACUCUUAUACAUAUGGAGCUGUUAUAACAGAUUUUUAAACCAGACAUGUAUUCCCUAUCUGAAAUUUCAGAGAUUUACAUCGAGGAGCUUAUGGUGUUUUAAGUAAUAUCUUUAAGGACGUAAUUCUCUUUCAUAAAUUCUUCCAAUUUCACACAGGAAAAAACUGCACAAUAUUGGGUGGAUAUGGGCAUGCGGAAAUCUAAAAUGAACAUUGCGCUCGCCGCCUAUGGAAGAUUAGUGAACACGUCAUCGGCGAGUGACGUGAAGCUUCAUGAAAGUAUUGCGGUAGGCCUACCCAAGAUUGGGAACACGAUGAAAACCCCAGGCGGUUUAACUUCUUAUGAGGUAAACUAUUAAAAAUACUGCAGGCUUUCUUUCAGUUUUAUCUCCAGGGGGAGGGGGGCACUGCCCCCCCCCGUGAAAGCCAAUUGCCCCCCAGGAGCAAAAAUAUGUCCAACAAUUAACCAACUGGCACUGCCCCUCCGGAAAGUCUGAAAUGCCCCCCCCUCCCCCCCGGGGGGAAAAUUUCUCAAAGAAACACUGACUGGUAUUUUAUAAAGCUUUUAUUUAACAUUGUUGUUCAGAGCCAAAUUGCCUAUUGCCCCUGACACCUUCCGAAUAUCCCAGACAGAUUUCUUAAACAUCUAAAAAUCUAGCGUACCACUUUUGUAUAUAAAGUUUUAAUUAUUAGAUAUUUAUUACCGUGAAUUUUUUUUCUUGUAUUAAGAUGGAAUUAUUGAAUAUCAUGCGCAGAUGGGAGGAAGAAAGUUAAGGAUGAGAUUGGACAUAGUUAAACUAAAGGGGUUUGUAUGGUGAAUUUUGUUUUUGCUUGUUUUGAGGUUACAUCAACUUGAAUCGGAACAGCCAUCGUUCAUCUCUUUAGAUUAUGAAGUAUAUGAGAUCAUGACAAUUGUUUUCUUCUAUUGGAUAUCUUAUUUUAUAGCGUGAAUCUUUGUGUCGACGUAAAUAAAAGUUAAUUGGGGAUUGAAAUCCUUUUGAUUUAUCUCGUGCUUUCAUAGCAGUUUAUCAUAUUAAUAAUUGAGAAGUAUUGGACACUGGUCAAGACACAGCUGUGACACAGGUUAUAUACAAGUUAUAAGUAACACGAAGAGGAGAAGUGUCGCACAUGGUGUCAGAACAAAACUAAGGGGCAUAAAGCCUACAAAAGUGCUGGAAGCCAUCAAACUCAAAUGUUCACUGAGGUCAAGUUUUAGGAGUAACACUUUAACCAAGCUAUAAAUAGACAGUGCCAAGCAAGUAAUCACGAUGGAGCACCGUGUAAACCUACAUUAGCAUGUGUUGUGUGUAGUAACUUCCAGUUAACGGAUAUCUUUUAUUGGAACAAAAGAAGUGAUUUACUUAAGAUCCACUCUUUCGGCAGUACUGUAGACCAGAAAGACCGUGAAAUUAUUUCAGACUAGACUUAAUUUGAUUAAGUUAUAUUAUAUUUUAUCUUUUUCUGCUGGUAUUGAAAUACUAUGGCCGAAAGGAAGAAGAUUACAGGACCAUGUUUCACACUACUAGGAUUGAUAGAAAUUCAGAUCCUCAUACCACGGUUUUUACAAUAAAAGUUAACGUAAACAAAUGGUUAGAGCAAACUAAAAUUAACUCUAAAAGACCAAAAGCUCUGAUGGAUAAAUCUAUUGUUGACAAAAGGACUUAGACAUGCAUCAGAGCCAUUGUUUGUCUUCUUAAUUAAAAAAGACAAAAAAAAUUAGAAUAGAAAAAUGUUUAGCAGAUGCAAUCUGCACUUUUAAGGAUGCGCAUGUUCAUAAAGUUCUGGACAAAAGACCAAAAUCAGCCGCAGCCAUAGACAGCAGCAGAAAUAGUAAGAUAUCAUGGAGAAACCCACGUGACACAAGAUUGACUAGUCUUCCUGCAAAUUGGCAGAACAAUCACUUUAAACAAAGCACAAGUUAUGAAUCGCAUAAUGCAUGUUUCCACUGUGGCAGAAAUGUUCACAGGAAAGCAGAAUGUAGAGUAUUACAAAGAGAAUUAGGCAACUAUAGAAAAUUAUAGACAAGGCAGAAAUUCACCAAAAAGUAGCCCCACCAGAAAUAAUUAUAGGAAACAGUCGAUUUAGAAGUAGACAAGACAAAUAACUGUCCGGAAAACUUGAGGAAAAGUGUUACUAAAUAUAAUUUAUAUUUUUAUUUAUUUUUCAAAACAUAAUCUGCACAAGCUUACUUUGCAUAAUGCAUACUAUGAGUAAAAAAUAGAUAUUUAUUUUUAUUUUUUUAUGUGUCUUUGAUAGAAAGUCUGUAUUUUUUAAUUAAUAUUUUUAAUUUCUGUUCUAUUUUUAUUAUUUAAAAUUGAAAUUUUGAAAUUAUCGACAAAAAUAAAAGAAGAAUUAUUUACUUUUUGUAAAUAACGAAUGCUUGCACAGUUCCUGUUGGAGUGACACAACAUCGACACAGGAAUAAAAUUUAAAAAUAAUGGAAUUUAAAUGCUGCAUCGUUUUAAGACCCUUGUAGCGAGCCGUCCGUGGUUCAGAACGUGAUUGCCUACUGCCCCCCUGACACCUUCCGAACCCCCACAGCUGUCAUCUGAGCUCCCCCAUCCCAUCCUUAUCCGUCGUUCUAUGUACGAGGCAGACGCGAUCAAUGCCACAAAGUAACAAAUCCGUGGAUUUGGGAGUAGACCAAAAAAAAAAUUAAAAAAUCUUUAAAAUGGUAGAUUAGAGGAAGUCGUUUCUUUAAAUUAAGGUGCAUUCUGGUCUUUAAAAAAAAGUAUUCCGUUUUAUUGAACACUAUGUAAUAAUAGAUUAGGUUUUUAUUUUCUCCGCCCCCAAUAGGCUAACGAGGGAUGUACUAUAUAAUAGUUUAAAUAAACCAUCUUUGAAAAACAUUAGUUGUGUUUUUUGGUGGUUUUUUUUCCUAUUAAUAUUUCCUCCUUGAACAUUUUAUUUUUAAAAUUGUAACUGACAUGAUUACAAUUUACAACUACAAUUUGUCAUCUCCAAACUUAUGUGGAAGUUACGCGUAUAAAAAAUUUCAAAAAUUAGUUUUUGGCGCAAAUAAAAAAAUGAUCUUAAGAAACGCAUUGCUGAUGUCUUUUGGUGUAUUAUUAUUUGCAGAUAUGCGCUUGGAGUAAAAAUAGAGGCAAAGUUUAUUGGGACUCCUUGGCUCGUGCACCAUAUCAUAUAGUGGAUAACUACUUUUUGUCUUAUGACAACGUGGAGAGCUUCAAGGAAAAGGUAAUCAUUAAAAAAAAAACACAUGUGCAAAGUCUUCAAAUAGCGCCCCUUUAAUUUCUUCAAUAAAUGACAUAGAAUUAAUAUAUGAUACAUUUGUAAAAAUAAAACAUUGUUUGUAUACAAUAAAAUGGUGCCAGGACUGUCUCCACUGCUGAAUAAAGCCACGUAGGGACCCAUGCGCAGGUUUUGACUCUCAGAGGCAAUACUCAGGGGAGUGGGCAAAUGAGGGAAACCAUCAAGGUCAAGAAUUGUAUCAGGAUAUACCAGUGCUUCUCCUUGUCAUAUUUCCUCCCCCCCCCCCCAAUUCCCCCUCAGAAAGUUGUCCAUAUCCUUCUAUCUAAGCUCAUGUCUAAGGUAUAUUUUUUUUCACAUCAUUGUUCUGUUGCAUAAUCACUGACCCAGCAACCUGACGUUAACAUUUAAUAUUAUACAACGCUGCUAUUAAUAGUUAUUUAAAGCAGAGAAACAUUCUUAAAAUCCUAGUUUUGAUGAUUACCGUUUGUGAAAACGUUAACGAAUUUUGUUGGUUCUCCUUAUUUUGUUUUCUCCCCUUAACGUCAUAACUAACUAUGUAUGAGGAUACCCAAAACUACUCCACAUUACUCACAUGCACGCAAGUUCAAGAUACAAACAAUUCGACAAGCUAACACCCCAAAAAUAAAAGUCGAUAUCUUGCCGCGUGGCCCCUAGGCACACAACUCACUUGCCGCUCGGUUAAUCCGGCAUUUUACUUGAUAGGAGAUGGUGUGGAGCAGAAAUUGAGAGAGCCGAUGGCUCCCGGGCAUGAGGAGGAAAUGGCAUAUGGGGGCGGGCGCAUUGAGCCCCACUGCCUCAAUUUUUAGAAAUUAUAUUAAUUCGCAUAUAUGAAUUAGUUUUGAUAAUUCUACUCUCUCUUUAACGGAGAGCUGCAGAUGACAUGGUUUAGGAUAUCUAGAUGUCCUUUGUUGUUUUGUUUGUUUCUUGUGUUUUUUUUUAUAUUAGUUGUAUGUUUGUAUUGGAGUUUUGCAAUAAAAUUUGUAUUUCAAUUAUUUAUUUAUUUUUUUAAAAAUAUUAAUAACUUUUAAAUAUACGGUUUAAUUUUUCAUUUUUUUUAAACAUCAUCUUGUAAUUAUUACGUCAUCUCAAGUAUAAGGACCUGUCCGAUACGCCAUUGCUAAUGGCUGAUUUAACUUUUUAAAUCCUUUAUAUUAACUUCCCUUUUUUUUUUAAUGAUGGUGAAAACUGAUUUUUUGUGGCUUGUGGUGGGUGGAGGGGGUUGGGUGUGAAAAAUUUUAAGAAAUGUGUUGUUACUGGCAACGAGUCUAUUCGCCAAGCUUUAGCCCGAUAGGUUGACUGGGGGUGAGUCCAGUAACCGUCCCAUGAUUAUGUUGCCAGCUGGCUAGCCAGCCACGAACAAAAGCGAAGAAAACAUGCAGAAUUUUUUUUUUAAAAACGAUAUCUUUGCGAAUAAAUGUCAUUCUUUUAAAAAAAAUCAUCGCAGUGCGUUUGGCGCGUAAUGUUUCCUUUAUUUUUUUCUCAAAUAGGUGAAAUAAAUCUACGGUGUAAAAGCGGGUGGGUCGUGAGAAUGUAAUAUGUUUCAGGGGCGGGACUUGGCGUAGAGCACUAAUUGGGAUUCUUAUGACGUGAGUUAACUGAAUGCACGUUUUGCAAUAUAAUCAGCCUGAUCCAAAUGGUCCGAUAUGACAUUUUUAAGAGGAUUCAUACCCCAAAAAAUCUUUGUUUUUGGGGGGAUGUUUAAUUUUAAAUUCUUUACAAUAACAUUUCUUUUGUUCGUUGCUGGUCGACUGGGCGGCUGAGGGGGCAAACUCUGCAUGCUUCAAACUGACCUACUUCUCGUCAACCUAUCGAGCUGAAACUUGGCACAUAUUCUCGUUCCUGAUAAGCCCAUUUUUGAUCAAAUUUGCAACCCCCACCCCAACCCCCCAAAAAUAAGUGUUUUUUUUUUCCUUUUUCUUAAGGACGUAAUGAAUGAAAUAUGAUACCACUGAUGAAAUAAAAUUCCUGAUAUCUGCUCUAAAAGUGAUUCUUGAAAAAAAACGCAUUGCGUUUUCUGCGUUGUAAAUUCUUUUAUUCUAAAAUCUUUGUUGACAAGUUAAUACUAACUAAAUGCGCAGUCUAAAAGCGGAUUCUUAUUCAAAUAUUAAUAUAUGCGGGGGGGGGGGAGUCUUUAUAAUAAUCCCAAUGAGUGCUCCCUAAGACUGUAAACCGCUCCCCUCAACCCCUUGUUCAAGUCUAGUGGAUAUAGUCCUCUACAUACAUUAUUUUUUUAAUAUAAUCUACCAUUUUUGCGCUCCGUUAUUAUAACGUAUGGGGCGUCCAUCCGCCCCUUUCACAUGGCACCAGGCUCGUCGAUCUAUUAUAAAACAACUGGAUUGUAAGAAUUUGCGAACAAAUAAAUUUACAUUUUUGUAUAAGUAAAAGUGUUUUAAAAAUGUGCAAUUCAUUGUGACAAUUUAUUCAAUUUUUUUCAAGAUUCGAUUUGUGCGAACCAAAGGCUAUGGUGGCGUUGCCAUUGUGGAAUUAGGUGAAGAUGAUUUCUUGGGGUAUUUGUGCAACACUGGAAUAUAUCCUUUGGCAAGAACCGUGAAAGCUGAAUGCACUACACCAAUGUACUGAACGGAUCCACGAAAAGGAUGCAGUAAACGAAUGCACAAAUCGAAUGCACUAGAACAUUCUAAUAAAUAAAAAUAUACGCAUUGAAUAUUCC